UUUUUAGAAAUGUAUCCCAUGAUGCAUUGCUCAUCCAACGGCUUCAGUCAAUUCAAGUAUCAGCGCACCGCCGGUGUGCGUGUGUGUUUCAGCGUGAACGUGUGUGUUCUCUGGUUGUUAUUGAACCGCUUUUCAGGGACCUGUUGGUUGCGGAACGAACCGAUUCCUGAACCGAUCCAUACCGGUGGGUUCAAGCGGUCGAAGACUCGAGUUUUGGCCUCAUGCUUCGGAAUGUUUUCCGGCCUGUAACGGGAAGCAGAAGGUUUAGGCGCCAGAAUCGUAGCUUUACUGAGGCGGACAAGCAACAAACACAAACACGGCUGUUGAAUGGAUUUGGAUUCUGGACGACACGAAUCAGGAGCGAUGGGAGAAUCGAUGCAGCCAACGACACCGAGUCGCCACGAGAAAAGCCUCGGAUUAUUAACCACCAAGUUUGUCACACUGCUGCAAGAAGCCAAGGAUGGAGUGCUGGACCUUAAAGCUGCUGCUGAUACGCUGGCCGUACGGCAGAAGCGGCGGAUUUACGACAUCACCAACGUUCUUGAAGGCAUCGGGCUGAUCGAAAAGAAAUCAAAGAACAGCAUUCAGUGGAAAGGCGUAGGUCCCGGCUGCAACACGAGAGAGAUUGCCGAUAAGCUGAUCGAUCUGAAGCUGGAGCUGGAAGAUCUGGACAGGAGAGAACUUGAGCUGGACCAGCAGAGGGUCUGGGUGCAGCAGAGCAUCAAAAACGUGACCGACGACUCACAGAACAGCCCUCUGGCCUACGUGACGCAUCAAGACCUCUGCAACUGCUUUAAAGGUGACACUCUGCUGGCGAUCCGAGCUCCUUCAGGCACACAGCUGGAAGUGCCGAUCCCGGAGUCUGUUGUAAACGGACAAAAGAAGUACCAGAUCCAUUUGAAAAGUUCCUCAGGUCCGAUCGACGUUCUUCUGGUCAACAAGGACCCGGCCAGCGCCUCUCCGGUCGUGUUACCUGUUCCCCCUCCUGAAGACAUGCUGCAGAGUCUCCCAGCAUCCUCGGCGUCUGCUCCGUCUGCGCCUGUCGCAGUCGCGCCCACCAAACCUGCAGGCAUCAGUACAACAUGUACACCUGUAAACAUCCAGAGGUCCACAAACACGACCGCUACGACUGCUACAGAAGCCCACAGCACAAUCCCCUCAGACACACCGACCAAUCAGAAUCCAGCAGAGGACAGCCAGCAACUUCAGUCCUCAGCAUCGUUGGACAGCGGCUCAUCGCUUCCGGAGUCCUCGGCCGUGUUUGAACCAAUCAAAGCGGAUCCCUCAGAGCUGCUGGAUCUCCCCAAAGAACUUUCAGAAAUGUUUGAUCCUACAAAAGAAAUCAUGAGUGCAGAUCUCCUGGAAGAGCUCAUGUCAUCAGAAGUUUUCUCUCCACUCCUCCGUCUCUCACCACCUCCGGGUGACCACGACUACAUCUACAACCUGGACGAGACCGAGGGCCUGUGCGACCUUUUUGACGUCCCUAUCGCCAACCUUUGACCUCCACACGCACGCGAUCAGCGUUGCGUCCCCGUAUUUAACAAAAAGAAGCCCGCCUUUCAUUUCGAAAGGCCGAGCUGCGUUUUAGAUCCAUGUGAAUAAGCUGAUUUUAUGUGUGUAUAUAGAGUUGUACGUUUUGUUUUGUUCUUGUUCUUCUUUUUUGUAAUAUCCUUUUACUCAAAAGCUGCGAUCUACUGAAAAGCGGCACAGAAGGUUCCCCCGCUUCACUCUGUGCCUGACACGAAGCUUCACCCGUGAACACAGGAUCCUGGCUUCCUGACCUAGGAUGAAGGCAUUGUUUUGAUCAAAUACACAAUCAGGAACACCAGCAGGAACACCAGCUCUACUCCCUGACCUGUCUUUUAUUUUUUUAUUUUUUUUAAACCGGCCUCUUUUUUUUGCUUUAUCGGUUUAUAGAUUUGCUUUUCCACAGUCUCCACCGUUCCUAUCACGUUCGUCUUGUAAACUGUUUUAAAAACCUCGCCUUAUUUAUAAAGGCACACAUGAAUUUGUUUUACGUCAGUAGUGCACAUCAGAUAUUAUACUGCAUCUUUUAUAAUUCUAAUUAUUACCGAUCCUGAAGCACAUUCGACUCCUGAGAGACUCCUCAGCGUUUAUAAUUAACUCGGUAAUCCGCAGCAUAAACACUUUACGUCAGUAUUACAACAUUUCAUCAUUACAUUACAUCAGACAUUACCCACAAUUCCAUUCUGCCUGUUAAUCCUGGCGGAUCCAAAGCAGCCGAAGGUCGACGGCCUUCGCUCAAAGACUCAUCGAUGUCUCAGCAGCUCCUCUCACAACCCUUCGGUCCGUCAGCGUGGAUUGCGACUUUUUUAUUUUAUUUAUUUUUUUUUUUUUGUUCGUUUCUUCCACCUAUCAACUUGAUGUAAUUCACUUAUCCGAACUUCAUGAAUUCACUUUUAGCCCAGAACUAACUCCGGACUUUGAUGUACGUCUGUCAGAUUAUAUCAGCCGUGUCAUUUAAGAUGUUAAUUCUGCCGACACACUUUGUGCAUAAACCUUUUCUCAUCUCUUCUUCAUUCGCUUGUAUGUAUAUGUGUUUCCGGUCAUCGUAGCUAUAAUAAGUUUGUAUACACUCAUGACUAUGUAAAGAAGGACAGAGCCACAUCAUCUUCUUCUCCAUCUGUAAACAGUCCAUCACUUCUUCUCUGGGACAGAAUCGCUCCCUAUUUUUAAAAAGAAAAAAAAAUGUAUUGCUUUUAGCUGAAGGAUAUUUUUAUGGUUGUACACCGUCAUUAUUUUUGUACAGGCUGGUUAGACAGACGAAUACGGCAUUCACAAAGCAGACGACGACUUUUUCCUCCGAUGACGACACGGUCAUCUCCACAUUCGCACUUUAAGGCAGUACGAUCACUCGGGUUUCAUUCGUCCACUUCUUUCUGCUGGACGGAGAGCUUCAGUUCAAGUCCAGGGAAAUUUCUACAACCUUCAGUUGUCUUCUUCUGUCUCGACGCCAUCCUCCGCUGAGGUGAUUUGUAACAGAGUCGCCUGCUGGCUUUUCUGUGAAAGAAAUAAACAACAGUUUUGUAAAA